AAACCUCAAAAGCACUCUAACCUUUGUUACAAGAAUGGCUUCCCCUUUCUUCUUUGCUUUCCUUCUCUCUGCGCUUUUACUGGAUAAUACAUAUGCCAAUCCCAACUACAGAGAAGCUCUCUCAAAGUCAUUGCUCUUUUUCCAAGGUCAACGGUCUGGUCGUCUUCCCCGUGACCAAAAAAUCUCAUGGAGGUUCAGCUCCGGCCUCUCCGAUGGCUCCACUGCUCAUGUGGACUUGACCGGAGGAUACUAUGAUGCUGGGGACAACGUCAAGUUCAACUUUCCGAUGGCCUUCACCACAACAAUGCUCUCAUGGAGCUCUUUGGAGUACGGUAAAAAGAUGGGAUCCGAACUACAGAACUCUCGUGUGGCCAUCCGUUGGGCCACGGACUAUCUACUGAAAUGUGCAAGAGCCACGCCCGGUAAGCUUUACGUAGGAGUAGGAGACCCUAACGGCGAUCACAAGUGUUGGGAACGCUCUGAAGAUAUGGACACUCCUCGCACAGUCUACUCCGUAUCCGCUUCGAACCCUGGCUCUGAUGUAGCCGCUGAAACCGCUGCUGCUCUAGCUGCAAGCUCCAUGGUUUUCAGGAAAGUUGAUCCCAAGUACUCUCGCUUGCUCCUGGCGACAGCGAAGAAGGUAAUGCAGUUCGCUAUUCAAUACCGAGGCGCUUACAGUGAUUCCCUUUCCUCUUCAGUCUGUCCUUUCUACUGCUCCUACUCUGGUUACAAGGACGAACUUGUGUGGGGAGCGGCAUGGCUGCAUAGAGCAACGACCAACCCGUAUUACACAAACUUCAUAAGAUCCUUGGGAAGUGGAGAUCAGACCGACAUUUUCAGUUGGGACAAUAAGUAUGCUGGUGCAUAUGUUCUUCUCUCACGAAGAGCAUUACUGAACAAAGACAACAACUUUGAGCUCUACAAGCAAUCUGCUGAGAAUUUCAUUUGCAAGAUCCUUCCAAAUUCUCCUUCCUCAUCCACAACUUACACUCAAGGUGGAUUGAUGUAUAAGUUACCUCAGAGCAAUCUACAAUACGUGACAUCGAUAACAUUCUUGCUAACGACUUACGCCAAAUACAUGAAAGCCACGAAACACGCCUUCAAAUGCGGAAACUCCAUCAUCGUCCCCAACGUUCUGAUAAGCUUAUCGAAGCGACAAGUGGAUUACAUCCUCGGUGUGAAUCCGAUGAAGAUGUCUUACAUGGUGGGGUUCGGAUCCAGUUUCCCCAGGAGAAUCCACCACAGAGGAUCCUCUCUCCCGAGCCGAGCCGUCCGUUCGAACUCUCUGGGAUGCAACGGCGGAUUCCAAUAUUUCAGCACACAAAAGCCUAACCCUAACAUAUUAACCGGAGCAAUCGUCGGAGGACCGAAUCGAAACGACGAGUAUCCAGACCAGAGAGACGAUUACAGCGGAUCCGAACCAGCAACUUACAUCAACGCCGCCUUCGUCGGACCACUGGCGUAUUUUUCCGCCGGAAAGUCUCCAUGAGUACUCUCCUCGCUUUGCAAUUCUAUUAUUUGAAAAGUCGUUAGAUAAGAUUCGUUAUUUGUAAGUCCUUACCGCCAAAUUUACGCGCAAAAGAGCACUAAUACAGAUGAAGCUGAAAACUCUAAUGGGCUUUUAGGUCUAUGAUUAAUGGGCUAUUAUUAAUAAACCCCAGAUUUGGUCCAUUUAAAGUCAGAAACGACGAGUUUUGUGUGAAAAAUUCAAAUAAUUCCCGA